UAAGACCAUUUCGCGACACACCAGUCAUCGAUUAAGUCGUCUUGUUUUUAAAAAAAAAAUGUGUCUUAAAAAUAUUUUAAUUUUUUCAAUAAUUUCGCUCGCCGAAAUUAAGGUCCAUUCAAUGAAUUACUAUUCCGGAACAUCAACAAUUUGCCACCAAAUCGGGGGUAGAUUGCAUUGCUUUUCUACCAAUAGUCCUAAUUUUAACAAUAUUAAUAUUAAUAACGGCAACUCAUUUUCCUGGUCAGCUUUUGACAGUUAUAUCAACAGUACCGUCACUAAAGACGAUAAUAAUGUCACAACAUGGAAUAUUAAUGACAUUAAUGAGGAGUAUACUAUUCAAAAUCGUAAUAAUAAUACGAAUAUAGUUAAUAUUAAUAACAACUACAAGUCAUUUAUUAUUAGAAAUAAUUAUAACAACACCAAUGUCGUUAAUAUUAAGAAUAUUAAUGACGUAAUGAAAAUUAGUAAUAAUAAUAACAAUAACAAUACGUUAACUAUUAAAAAUAAUAGUAAUAGUAUUGCUAUUAAUAACAAUAAUAAUAAUUUAAAUGACAUUAAUAUUAAAAAAAGCAGUAAGAUUAUUAAUAUUAAAAACUAUAACAACAAUUUAGAUGCGAUUAAUAUUGAAAGUAAUAGUGACCAAAUUAUUAUUAAUGACAAUAAUAAUAAUAACAAAGUAUUAACCGUCGGUAAAAACAGUGAGGUUAUUUCUAUUACCAGUAAUAACAAUAACAAUAAUGAAAUUAAUGUUAAUAAUGACAAUAUUGGCAACAUUACUAUUAGCAAUAAUAAUAAUAAUGUCAAUUCGAUUUUUGUUAGAAAUAAUAACAAUGAUAUUAAUAUUCGUAAUAAUAACAAUAAUGUUAUUACGAUCACGAUUAAUGUUAACAGUGAAUCGAUUACGAUUAAUAAUAAUAAAAAUAAUGUGGUUAAUAUUAUUAUUAAUGGUGAUAAUAAGCUUAUUGUCAUUAAUAAUGGUAAAAAUAAUGUUAAUGAUGUAACUAUUAAAGGGAAAAAGGGACAGGUUAUUAUUAAUGAGAAAGAUCAUCUCACUAAUAUUAAUAGGAUUAAUGGUGAUAAUUAUUAUGGAUUCAUGGAUUAUUAAUUGAUGAUGUUAAAAUAAUAAUGAGGAUUGAUUAAUGGGUGAUUAAUAGCCAGUUGGUUACAUUAAUUAUUGUAAGAUUAUGGUUUGAAAUUAUUGUUAAUAAAUUACUGAGCAAACACCAUGGAAUUUUUAUUUAUUUAUUAGAUGUGUUAAUUAAUAUUGUGAUUAUUUUUUUUUUAUUUUAAUAUGGUCAUGUGGGUACUCAAACUAGAGGAAAUCGUCUGGGUAACAAGACUAAGUGUGAAAAUUGAAAAAUAAAAAAAGUAAUUUCGUAAUUAUGGUAAUUUUUGGAAUUGAAAUUUUUUUUUUUAAAUAUAGUGAUGUGGGUACUCAAACUAGAGGAAAUCGUCUGGGUAACAAGACUAAGUGUGAAAAUUGAAAAAUAAAAAAAGUAAUUUCGUAAUUAUGGUAAUUUUUGGAAUUGAGAUUUUUUUUUUAAUAUAGUGAUGUAGGUACUCAAGCUAGAGGAAAUUAUCUCAGAAAUUCGAUACUAUCGGUUUUUUAUUUCUACUUGACAAAAAAAAAUUUUUUUAUAUUUCCUGUGAGUAAUUUCAUAAUACCGUUUAUUGAGUCGCAAUAACUGUUAUCGAUCUCAGAUUUGGAAAUUCCCAUUACCACGACCACAGUGAUAAUUCUACGCUUUUAUAAAAUCCAUUAACUACUAAUGGUAUCAUUAAAAUGCAAUUAUUGUAAAAAAUACCCCAAGUAUUUGAAACAAACAAACAAAGAAAGAAUCUCUGGAAUGUUGUUGACAAAUUUUUUUUACGAAAUUCUACUAAUGACAAAAAAUAAUAAUAAUAGUUACUCUCGUUAUCAAUAUUAAUCAGUAUCAAUAUAUAAAGAAUUAAAAUAACAGUACUGACAUUAGUACUAAACCAGUCAUCAAUUAAGUUUUCACUCGUACUAAAAAAAAAAAUAUUCAAAAAAAUAAAAAUGUGGUUUAAAAAUUUAUUCAUUGCCAUUUUUGUCAUUGUAAUAUCGUUCACCGAAAUAAAGGGACGUUCAAUAGAAACUGUUAACAUUUAUAAUAAGAAUAACGGAGAUGUUGAAAUAGUUAUCAAAGAUGGAAUAAUUACUUAUCAUGUGGAUAAAUAUAAAUAUACUACUAACAAUACCAAAAAUAAUGAAAAUGCUACUAUCGACUUGAAAAAGGUUGAAAAUACUGCGACUACUGAAAAAAAUAAUGAAGUCAAAACUACAAUGGAAAAUGAUAAAAAUUCUACUGCGACUACUAAAAAUAAUGAUGAAGUAAUAACUAGUACGGAAAACUAUAAAACUACAACUGAUGAUAAUAGUAUUCUACUGCCGAAUGGAAAAGUUAAGCCAGGAUAUUAUACACUAGGCAAAAAUGAUCCGUUCCCUGAAUAUUUCAUUCCAUGCGCUCAGCUUCAGUUUGAUAAUUUAAUUGAAUUAGAGUGUUUUUAAAUUAUUUUUUUUUUUUGGUAUUUGUAAUUGAUUAUUGUAAUUAAUUUUUUUUUUUAAAUAAUAAAAAUUUAUGUGAAAUUCUAUCUUA